AUCCAAAGGUCCACCCCUGAGGUCAUCCAACCUCAAGCUGCCGGGAGAUGAGACGGGUGGCGGGUCACUACCCACAGUCUGAGAAGAACACACUCAGCAGAGCCCAGACUAUGAGGAAGCAGCAGAGGGGACCCGCAGGGCCCAGGGCUCCCCGACCCGAGGAGGAGAAUCCCAGGGUCAAGUGCAGGGACUGUGGGGCUUUUGGACACACGGCCAGAAGCACCAGGUGCCCCAUGAAGCGCUGGGGUGGAGCCCUGGCGCCGCAGCCCUUGGGCCCCAAUAGGGGGAAGGAGAACCUGGCACCCCGGAAGCCCCAUGAUCUCCAGGACCCAGUGUCACUCGACCAGAGUGAGAGGGAGAAGGAGCAGAGACCGAGGCAGGAGCAGCAGCAGAGGAAGUCUGUCCUGCAGGCGUUUCCCAGGACACCCCAAGGGAGGCCCCAGCAGGACUGCAAGGAAGUGCCGCAACCUUGUGCCUACCUGAGGAUUCCGAGCAGACCCGUGCCGGUCUACACAACCAACGACAGGCCUGCCCUGGACCCUCCUCUUAGAAGCCAGCCACCUGCCAGGGAUGACAUGAGCUCCACGUUCUCCUCACUGUCUCCCAUGGCAAUGCAGAGACUGAGCUCCUUCUGCAGUAGUGGACCAGAUAGAGGACAGGCAGGGCUCCUCACAGAGACCCCGAAGCCUGCGUUCAAGCGCUACGGCCAGGACCCUCUCGCCAUUGACAGGCUGGCCCCGAGCAGAGGUGACCGCAGCUUCCUUGGAGCUCCCCACGCUGCCUCCACAACCCCUGUCCUGGGAGACGUCCUCAAGCCCCAGGCAGGGCACAAGCGUCCUGUUCUGAUCUCACAGCCCUGCCCACCGCCUGCCACACGGAGCUCGGGCCAAGACUUCAAUCUCAGCAUCAGGGCACCCGGCAAGAGACCUGCAGAGACCCCCACCCAGACUUGCCAGCGUCCUCCAAAGAAACCCAGACGAAACCCCUUGGAGACACCUCAGAAGAGCACUCAGAGGCCGAAGCUGAGCCCUGUGCGGGCUGACCUGCCUCCACCAAGAGAAGCUGGACUUGAAUGCAAAGUGGCGCCUCAGUGGACCGGGAAGAGUGCAAGCCAGGUGCCCAGCAGUGACCUGCAGCCUCCACAUGGCAGAAGUCUCCUGAGCCCUGUCCAGGCCUGCACCGAGCCCCGUCUCCCGUCACCCAGCCCUGCUCCAGGCCAGCCCCUCAGGAUGGCCUUCAGGAGACUGGACAGCGGACAGUGGAGCUCCAGGCUCCUGCCAGCUCCCUCCUGCCUCCUCCCUGAGAAGCCAGGUCCUCCUGCCCAGAACCCUCACGCCCCAGAGAAGUCUGAGGCUCACUGUGCCCGGGUCCCACCGAGUGUCCUGUAUGAGGACCUUCGGCUUUCCUCGUCCUCUGAGGACAGUGACUCUGAGUGA